AUGAUCAACCGGAGGCUGCGCCCAGAGCGCAGUGACAGCGAGGGCGCGUCCGGGCCUCCUGGCCUCGUGGCCGCGCACGGGGGCGCGCUCCGAGGGCGCGCUCCGGGCGGCGGCUGCGGCGGCGCGCGGGGCCGCCGUGGCGGGAGAAGCGCUUCCGUCGCGGGCCUGGGUGCAGGGGGUGGGAAACGCGCAGGGAGCCGGGCGGACGGGCGCGGGCUGGAGCUGGGGCGCGCGCCCGCGGGCGGCUGCUGGGAGACCCCCGCCCCCACCCCGGCUGGGAAUUCAAAAGCCCCCUCGGCCCGCCCGCGACUCCCCGGGCCAGGGGUCCCGCACCUUGGAGACCCCACCUGCCGUCCCGCUGCCUGGGCUCCGCACUCCGGCAGCCUGACCUCCCGCGAGCUCCGCCCGGAGCCCUGCGGUGGAGCGGGUCCCCCGGCGCGGAAGGGGGUCUGCAUCCGCGCCCGCCCGCGCCCAGCCACGCUGUCCCCGGGACCGCGUGCCGAAACCCGCCGCGGGGCGGACGCCAAGAUGGCUGCCGCGGGGACGCGUGCGGGCGAGGGCCGGGCGGCCGGGGGCCCCGACCCCCGCGCCCCAGCGCCUGGUCAGAGCCCGCCCGGCCCCGGCCCUGGAACGGGCCGUCUAGUAGGGAAGACACAGGCAGGUGAUGGAAGCAGUCGUGGUCCCGCUCAGAGCUGGCAUCUCAGUGCUGACCUCCUGAGCUUUCUCACUUGCCACGGGCCUCUAACCUUCUGAGAACGACAGUAGCCACAAUGUCUGCUAAGUGUGUGCCGGCGAUCCAGGUCCAUGCACUUUUACAUCACAUUCCUGCAGCCCCGUGAGGUACUUGGCCUUGCCUUCCUAAUCCCGAUGAGGAAGGAAACUCUGGAUCUCAGAGAGGUUGUGUGUCCUGCCUAAGGUCACACAGUGGGUCCUCUGUAGUCUCAGCUUAAGUGUCACUUCCUCAAAGAUGCUUUCCCUUGGCUGCCUUGCUUGACGUUGUCUCCUCCUGCACAUAUCCGUUGUUACAUUACCCCUUUGAUUUUUCAGUAAGAGAAUUUGUCACCAGUUGGAAUGAACUGCUGACUUCCUUGUUUGAGUCUCUGCUUGUGGUCAGGGCCUCUGCUCGUCUUGCCCAUCUAUCUGUUCCCUGCACCAGGGCAGCCCUCAUUGAAUAUUUGUGAGGGCCUGAAUGAAAAAGCGUAGCAUGGGUGACUUCAGAGCUUGGACACUGAAUCACUCCAUGAGCCACUCACUGCCUUCUGAACCCCCAUAGCAUUUUGUUUGUACUUAUCUCAAAGUUGUAAUCUCUCUUCUGCCUCCUCCUCUAGAUUUUUCCUUGCAUACCUCUAGCUUGUCUCUUCCUGCGCCCACCCCCAGUUUGUUGAGCUGCUUCCUUGUUUCAGGCCUUGUAAUAGGUGUGAGAUGGAUAUGCAAGUGAAUAAGGAAGCUUUGCCACUCUUGUGGUGUUGAACUUGGACUUGCCAUGUAAGACUGACUUGCCAUAUGAGAGCCAUAUAAGAUGAGAGGGAAUCUGGGUCAAUGAGGCUCCACCAGGAGGCUCUGGGACCUCAAGCAGCUCCUUUAUCCCCUGAGGACUGUGGGUGUCUGGUUUGUAAAAAAUGAUGGUGUUUGGAGAGGUGGAUAUAUCAGUUUCUCUCCAGCUCUAAUAUAUAAUUGCUCUAAGUCUGUAUUCAAGGGUUCAGUUGAGUGUGCAAGCAUUUAAAGUCCCAUGGACUUUCAGGAAAGUGUUGAUACCUGAGUUGCAGUUGUCAGAGAAAAAGCUGUAGCUAUAAUUCAGAAUCAGGAAAAUAUUUAGAAUGCUUUUAAUAGUCUGUAGAAGUUUUAUGAAAUCCCAUGUGGAUGAGUAUAGGAGGAAGCGGAGAGGACAGCACCAGCAGCAGUGACCCUUAGAACAGAUACAUCAUACAGCUCCUUUGUUCUCUGAUGCCUUGGAAUGAAGGAUAGCCUCUAACCUACUAAGCAAGCAGUGGUUAGAUGCAUUCGAUUAGAGUAUAGAUGUGAGUGGGACAAACCUUUUGUUUGAGGUUAAAGGUAAGCAGUCAGCAGGCAGUCGUUUCUUUAAAGGCUGACGAUGGCCUCAACAUUGAAAAGUUAUUGUCAGAAUACAAAUCAAACCUACAGUUAGUUAACUUAAUUAUACAAAGUUCAAAAUUAUUAAGUUUUUGAUUACUUAUUACUUUGUGAAAUAGACAGUAUAUAUAAUCUGUGACUUAAUUCUUUAAAGUAGGUGGUAAAAUGUGCAACUUGGUAUGUCCAAAGUACUAGAGUUUGGGAGUAUUUUAUUAUUUUCAUAGGCUGAUACCACUAUCUCAAGUAUAAACCAGUAGAAUUUUUUUUUUUAAUGGAUAAGAACUUCACUCAUCAUAAGAAAUUGAUUAAGAAACUCAAAGGUGAUCUUGAGGACCAUCGAAAUAUGAACAAUGAUUAUAUUGUCACCUGUGUGUUUUGAAGUUCAGCUAAGAAUGGGGUCUUCCUUGUGAACUGGGAGGUGGGGGGCGGAAAUGGUGGCAGGGAGACAGACAGAAGGCAGUCAUUCCCCCAUGGCUUCUUGAUUCUACAUGGGCCCUAUGUCUUCAUGCAGACCUCUCCCUGAAACAGAGGAAGGUAUGCCACAGAAAGUCAUUGCUGAGAUUUGAAAGAAUCUGCUUCUCGGCACAGGAUUCAACUUUCUGUCCUAUAAAUUCAUCUCCUGGGUGGCCACACCCAUAAGAAAGGAAUGCUGUGUGCUAAUGACUAUGUCAAAGCCAAAUUAGGAAAUGUGCUUCUUAAAUAAAUGUUAUUGCUGUUGCCAGACACAUCACUUUUGGCCUCACAAGGGUCUGGAGUGAAAGAAAGCGUUAGUUGCUCAGUCGUGUCCGACUGUUUGCAGCCCUAUGGACUGUAGCCCUCCAGGCUCCUCUGUCCAUGGGAGUCUCCAGGCAGGAAUACUAGAAUG